GUAGAUCGCAUUUUAUACGCCGUACGCCAUACGGUACGAUAGCCAUCGCAGCAGCUGAUUUUUGUCGCCGACUAAUAUUUUUAAUUUUUUUUUUUUGUGAUACGCGACGUGGUUCGUUUGAUGACGUCACUUUAUAUUGAUUACAAAGUGAUAAAGAAAAGUUCGAAAGUACAAUAUUGAAUAACCAAAACACUACGACAAUGCAAACUACAAAAAUACGAACUACAAGUGUACAACACCACGACCAUAAUUAAAGCCGUACCCUGUAUCUAAAGUCUAAACUUUGACGUAUGCCAUUCUAAUUUCCAGUCGUAACGAGAAUUGUUUAUUGAGUGUUUUUAAAUUUUAUUUUACUUAACUUCCGACCACCUGCUGCGGUAGUGUCAAGUCGAAGUCUCGGUCCGAAGUAUUUCAUAUUUUCACACUUGUUCUCGUGUCCUCGUCUUCUCGAAUUCCUGGACAGCGAUGCUGUUGAUUUAAGCCACAUCUGUUAAUGUCCUGCAGAUGGAAAACAAAUUAUUAGCCGAUUACGAACAGCAGUUUGGUGUGACCAGUGCAGAGAUCACAUCAAAAAUCAGCAGACUUGGUCAUAUAGCUGGCAAUGAUAGAAAUGAGUACAUCAAAGAAAUCGAACGAAACCUCGAUGAGGUACACGAUUUGUUGGAACAAAUGGACUUGUCGGUCAAAGAAUCGGAUGUGUCUGUACGCGCCAAACUUCACAAUCGAGUAGCUAGUUACAGGGCUGAACUGCACAGGUUAGCCAAAGAGUUUGCCCGAGCAAAAUGUACAGUCAACAUUGAUUUAGAAGAUGAUAAUCAUUUUGCCGAAAGUGGAGAUAUAACUUCCGAACAAAAACAAAGGUUAUUGUAUACGUCUGAACGUCUUAACCAAUCAGGAAUACAAUUAGAUAAUACUUAUCGUAUUGCUGUCGAGACUGAAGAAAUUGGUUCACAAAUACUAACUGAUUUAAAUCGUCAACGAGAAACUAUGCAUAAUUCCUUUAAUAGGCUCAGAGAUGCAAAUGCCGACCUGGGCAGAAGCACCCGAAUGAUGAAUGCCAUAAUUACACGUUCCAGACAACACAAAAUCAUACUAUUUGGUGUCAUGGCAGCAUUUUGUUUUCUCUUAGUCUUUGCGUUGUACCAUACAUUCCUUUAAAUAUUAAUUCCUAUUUCAUGGGUUAAUUUGUUUUAAUUUUGUUGUUGUCUUUUUAAAUUUUCAUUGUAAUUGUUAUUAUUUAUAUUUGAAAUACAUUUAACAGAAAUUUCUGAACAACUAUCAGUAAAAACAAAGUAUAAAGUAUUUAAAUACUUUCAUAACAAAUCUAUUAAAAUCAACAACUCAAUAGAUUUCAAAUGAUAACAUCUACAAUUAAUUAUUAUUAAGAGAAUGCUAACCCACAUGUUUUGUUUCAGUCUUAUAAAUUUAUAACACACUAAAAUUACGUUCACAACAAUCCAUUUUACCAUGUUACUUUUAAAAUGAGAAUGAAUUGAUAAAUAUUAUAAAAUUUAAAUUAAGAUUAUUAUCAAGGACAUCUCUGAGGCGUUUAUUGAUUUUUUUAUUUUAAAACGAGUUAUGAUAAUUUUAAAAUAUACAAAACAAUUGUAGUUUUAAAAUGAUCCUAAAUCGCUUAAUAAUUAUAAAGGUAUCAAUAAAAUUUUCAAAGAUCUUGUCUGUUGUAAAUUUUUAUUACAGAUCAAUUCACUUUAAUAUUAUAAUUAACAAUUAUUGUGAACGUACUUUUUUCUGUUCAUUUGCAACACAGAGACAACACAUGCAGUGUGGCAUCCUCUUGUCAUUCCAUAAUACAUUUUAUUUAUGUGCUUAAAAUCAAAUUAUAUAUUUUUUUUCAUCUGCCUGUUUAAAUUAAUUAUUCUAGAUUAUUUAAUGUUUUAUUAUACUCUUAUUGGGUUAUUUUUUUUUAUUCUACAAUAGUAAACCACAAUCUAAGUAUAUUUUUGGAAGAUUGGUUUAUUGUUGAAAUAAAUAAGUGUAUGACUGUCA